AUGUUCAGCGAGUCUUCUCAUUUCGGCUUACUUUUAGUUUCUACAAUUGUCUUGCUAUCCGUAACGUUUACAAAAGUAGACGGACAGCCCUUUUAUUGUGUCAAUGAAAUGGGUGCUAUAGGUUCAGGUUUUGCAGGAGGCGAGCACUGUUCUACGAUGACUGGAUCAGUAGAUAUGAUAAAGCGUGAACAAGAAAAAGGAUCUUUUGAAAGAAUGAAAAAUACUGAUUAUGCCGUUGGUGCUAUUGUGAGUAAAGCUGCAGGUGAUGUUGUAGGUAAAGCCGCAGGAAAUGUUGUAGGUAAAGCCACAGAAGAUGUUGUAGGUAAAGCCGCAGGAGCUGCCGGGGGUAUAGUGGGCCAAAUCCGGCAAGAUGAUGGAGAAAAUGAGAGUAGUGUAGGAAAUGGCGGUGAUUUUGUGGGGAAAACUACAGGAGCUGCUGGGGGUAUUAUAAGCUGA